GUUAUCAGUCACCACCUGACAGUGCUCCGGUUUUCGCAUUUCGCAGAAGAGUUCAACUCACCAACAAUGUCCGCCCUGAAAGUAUUCAUCUUCGUUGCCCUCUUCGCCGUGGCCUACUGCGCCCCCAGUCCUGGCUUCUUUGGCAAACACGAGCACCACACGAUCCACGUGCCGUACAAGGUGCACACGGUGCACCAUCACCACGUCCAGAAGGUCCAUGUGCCGGUGGUGAAGCACGUGCCAGUGCCCAUCUACAAGGAGGUCCCCGUACACCAUGUCCACCACGAGGAGAUCCCGGUGCCAGUGCACCACGUCCACCACGAGGAGGUGCCCAUCCACCAUGUCUUCGAUGACCACCACCACGACCACCAUGGUUGGGGCUCCCACCACGGACACGGCUGGCUGUAAGCCACCAGCUGGUCUGCUUGUCCGUCAACCCACCCACUCAGUCUAAUAAAAAGCAGCCUGUAAAUACUGUACAAUGCCUAAGUUAAAGAAUGUAAAUAAAAUCACAAUUCGACUGUACACAGAA